AUGGAUGAAGCAACGGCUCGUUCAAAGAAAAAGCCGGGUAAAUCGAAUAUUACUCGCGUAGAAACUUGGAUUCGUGAUCAUUUAGAUCAAAUAAAUAGUAAAUUUGCAAUAGCCGUGAAACUAGAUAUGCUAAAAGAAGCAUUUCAUAAUUUUAAUGACGGUUAUAACUACUUAGAAGGCACAUUGCCCGAUGGACGCAAAUUAGAAACGCGAGAAGAGACAGACGCGCUUUAUUUGGGGUGUUUUGACAUUUUAAGCACAAAACUAGAUUUAUUGUCUAAAGAUAGUUUAGAUUUAGAGUCAGUUAGCACAAGCUCAACAAAAAAUGUAUCGCCAGUAGCCGUUAGACUCCCGGAGUUUUCAAUCCAACCGUAUUCAGGUAAAAUAAUGGAAUGGGACUCGUUUUUUCAAAUAUUCGAUAUAACAAUUUUAAAAAAUGAUUCAUUAUCAGAUAUUCAAAAACUGAUGUAUUUAAAAUCAUAUGUUAGAGGUGAGCCGGCUAAAUUAAUAUCAAAUUUUCCGGUUGUUGCAAAAAAUUUAAAGUUAGUUUUGGAUACUCUAGUAGAGAGGUAUGGAAAUAAAUAUAAUUUGACUAAAACAUUAUUUUUAAAACUACUUGAUUUUAAACCGGUACCACAAAAUGCAAAUCACAUACAACUUAGAGAUUUAUAUGUUCAUUGGUCUAAUAAACUUAAAGCUUUGGAUAAUUUAAACAUAACUGAUAAGGAUAAAUUAGAUUGGAUACUUAUAUUGUUAGUAGAACAAAAACUUGAUAGCGCUACGCUAAGGUCUUUGGAGUUUUCACGGGAACAAAAGGUAGAAGUUACCUUUGAGAAAUUUUUAAAUAAAAUUCAGAAAAGAGCAACACAUCUCGAAAAUUUAGUACCGAUUAAGCAUUCUGAUGCAUCUACAUCGAAUAAAAAUAAGUCUGCAGCUCCCACUUAUAAUAGAAUGAAUAAUAGAGUUUUAUCUGCCACAGACAGUGGAAAAAUAUCGUGUAACUUCUGUUCAUUACAGAAUCAUUUAAUUUGCGACUGUAGAAAAUUCAAAAAAAUGUCGGUCUCUGAUAGAUUUAAAUUUGUUAAAACAAAUAAACUUUGCGUUAAUUGCCUUGAAGGCGAACAUUACGUUUUGGCUUGUCCCAGUAAAAAGUCUUGCGUAGUAUGUCAAAAAAAUCAUGCGACAUUAUUACAUUUUUCAAAGAGAUCGUUGUCGCCUUGUUCCCAAUUGCAAACAACGGAAACAUUAAAUUCUUCUCCGAGCCUCCCUAACGAUAAAAAUGUUAGUAAUGGUAAUAACGCGAGUAUCGAAUUUACGACUUUGACAAUGUCUAAUAAAAAUUCGGUUGUCCUGUUGGGAACUAUAAAUGUUUUCUUAUAUUCAAAAUAUGGUCGUAAAAUUUCGGUCAAAGCGUUAAUUGAUACGGGUAGUCAAUUAUCUUUUAUAACCGAAGAGCUUGCAAAUAGAUUAAAAUAUCCUAUGCAGGAAAAGAAUAUGUCGAUUUAUGGUUUAGGAAUUAGUUUAACGAGGUCACAAAAGACGGUCAAUAUCGUAAUAAAUUCGUCGGUAAAUUCAGAAAAAAUGAGAAUGUCUUGUGGUAUUUUGAGCAAAAUAACAAAUCCAUUACCGCAAUUUAAAAUUGAUAGUAAAAAACUUUGCAUUCCCUCUCAUUUUGUUUUGGCAGAUUCUCAAUAUUACGUGACGUCGGAUAUACAUUUGUUGAUUGGAGCAGAUUAUUGCUAUAAAUUAUUGGUAGAUGGUAUGCACCACAUGGGAGAAAACAUGCCAACCCUUCAAAAUUCAAGAAUGGGAUGGAUUAUAGCCGGUACAAUACCAACUUCGUUUAUAAAAAACCCUUCGAGUAAGAAUUCACAUGCACCUCACGCAUGUUUUGGAACUAAACAACUGGAGUCUAUUCACACAAGUGAAGAUGCAUCACCAUGCGUUUCAUUGUGUAUCUCUUCGGGAAAUUCUGAGACUCUCGAGCACAUUGUACAAAAAUUUUGGUGCACUGAGGACGUUCCGAGAGAGAAGCCAAGUUUGAACUCCGAUGAAUUAAUAGCGGAGAAAAUAUUUGUAGAUAGCACAGUUGUACUUCCAGAUGGAAGGUAUCAAGUAGAUAUGCCUUUUCUAUAG